AUGACAGCCGUUGCCCCCCUGCCCGUGCUCUCUUCCCCUCACCUUCUCCCCCUGCUCCCCCUCACUCUUGUGCUUGCGGUCCUUGCAAUCUCACGCUACUUCUGCAGCCUGGAGAAGGCCUUUCCAUGUCCACUCUUCCCUUCAGACGUGGCAAGACUAAUCUCGGACCUUUUCUACUCUUCUCCAGUAUCUCCUCGUGGUGGUCCGUCCGCGUCCAAUCUACGUAUAGAUACCUCCGCAGCCUACGUUGACGACGACGACGAGAGCAGCAACAAUCAUACCCACAAUCCCAGAUACUCCUCUCAAUUCUCGAAUGGGACGUCCUUACACAGCCGUCUUGUGAGCGAGCCCUUCGUGCCCAUCCUGAAAUCACCGGCUUUCCUCCCCAAGCGCCCCACGACCAUGGCCUUGAAUUUACCCUCACGCCGUCCUCCACCUCUACAUAUAGAUUCCCCCAGCCGGUCCUCAUCCGGUGACUCCAAACAGCCGAAAACGCCGGCGAACAAGAUCAGUUCCUUUUUUGGGUGGCGCGCUACAACCUCUUCUCCCGGCGCGGAAUCCUCUAGUACCGAGAUCUCCGAGUCCGGUCGUUCUCCGGUGCCUUCCCCGAUGCCUGCUUCCCUCCACAGCGCAUCCUUCUCCAUAACACCCUCCACCACGGUGCCCUUCGACCCCUCCAAGCCGCAAGUGCCUCUCCCGCAGCGGAACCCAUCUCUGAGCAGUGGCAGUAUCCUGGACUCCAGGGCGACGACUCUGGUGACCGAGCUUGAGAAUGAGCUGCGGGAGAUCAGUUCCGAGCUGGCCGGGUCCAUCCGGCGGGAGAUGGAGUUGGAGGAUUUGGUGGAGAGAUUGCAGUCAGAUAUGCCCUUAGAUACCCCCAAUCGCCGGACUAGCGAUUACUUCUCCGAUUCGGGCAGCAGCUCCAUCCGCUACGCCUUUGAGUCGGGUGGUCGGGUCGAAGACAUUGAGAAGUACAAGCGCACUGCAGAGCAGGAGCGGGCUCAGAUCAAGGUGGAUCUGGGCCAAAAGUUGCAAGAAGAGCGUAGUCGCCGGGCAGCCUCGGAAGCACACGUCCAGAUUCUAGAGUCCCAGGUCCAGCAGCUGCGACGGGAGAGAGUAGAUCUCUCGGACCUGUCCUCCCGGACAAGGGAGCUCGAAGCCGCAUUAGAUGAUACCCGUAGGAAGCUGGCCGAGGAGCGCCAGAUCAAGGACAAUUUCGAAGACCUGUUGACCGCCAUGCGAGUAGAACUCGAACAGUUGCGAAACGAACGGGAUCAUAUGCGUGACACUGUGAUCCCUCAACUGCAACAAGGUGGUCAACCUGCCGCGCCUUCAUCUGAUCCCUCGGAAGUCCAGCGGUUGCUGGAGGAAAUCGAAGCGUUGAAGAUUGAAAAUGCCUCUCUCGCCCAGCUGCAGGGCAGUCGAUUCGCUUCAAUUGCCGAAGAAGAUGGCAUGCCCACUGCCCGAAAUGUCGGAUUGGGACUGUCGCGGUCGAAUUCGCUGGCGCGCGUGCGUACCAAGCCGUCGCCCGGUCUAUCCCGCUCCAGUUCCCUGUCGCGGUCGAACUCGGUUUCUGCCAAGGAGCGCAAUGAGUCUCCCCGCGAGAAUCUGGCGGAUAGGAUUGAGGAUGUCGAAGCGCAACGCGAUGCUCUUCACCAAUCUCUUCGGCGUCUGCUCGAUCGUCAGGCCCACGAUGCCCGUGAAUACGAGAAACGGCUUCGGCUCAUGGAGAUGGAGAUUGCGCGCGCACAGCAAGUAGGCUCUCCGCGCAAGCUGGGCUAUGAGCGCGAAGUGCGCAACUUGCGCGAAGAAGUGAAUGACCUUCGGCAGCGUGCCGAGGAAGCUCUGGAACAAAAGUGGCAGUGCGAAAAAGGAUUGGCAGGUCUGAAGAUGGACCUGGACCGGGCUGAACAGGAAACCACCUCCUUGCGUGUAAUACUCCAGGAGCACGACAUCACCGUUCCCGAAGACCUCGAAUGUGAUCGGGAUGGAUUUGCCGAGGUCCUCGCAACCUCUUCCUCCCUGGAGUCCGCUUACAGACAACUUCAGGCGGAUCGGGAAAUCGCCGAAGCCAGCGCGGCUCAGUCGCCCCUUGCCGAGCAAAACUCACUCGUGGAGUCAGUCAACCGCACAGAGGUGCUCGCGCAGCAUGUGCAACAGCAGCUGGCCAGCAACAAUGCCCUGCGGAGCCGUUUGGCGGAGGCCAUUGGCAAGGGUGAAAAGGAGCAACAGCUGUCAGCCGCUCGUAUCAAUGAGAUGCAGGCCCGUCUCAAGGAGAUGGAGGACAUCUUGCUGAUGGCGCAGCAGUACUCCGAGGACGAAAUGGCGCGCCACGAAGAAGAAGUGCGCGCUCUUGAGGAGAACCACAACGCGCAGCUGAAGCGCAUGAAGAAUGGCGCUCGCAGCCCUGCGGCCCUGUCGCCCAUGCCUCCGACCACGCCGUUUGGCGCGCGGUCGCCACGUCUGGACUUGACGACCAGUGGUAGGGGCAUUGCUUUGGAUCAGGCUAUCCAAUCUGAAACGCUGGAACGGCGGGUGAAGGAGCUGGAGAAGCUCCUUCGCGACGCUGAUUCGGAGAUGGAGGAAGUUGUGAGCCGGAUGAACCGGGCGCAAAUCGAAGUUGCGGAGCUCCAGUCUGAUCGCGACGAUGCACUCCGCCAGACCCGCAAACUCCAGGCCGAAAUCAUGGCCCAACGUGAGACGUUCAGGACUCUGAUGGCUUGA